CAACUUCACCAAAUUUUCAGUAUAAGAAGCCAUUGAGCCAACCAUCUUCCUCAUCGACCAAGAUACUCAUUUUCUCUUAGCUUCCUAUCUGCUAUAGAAAAUGGCAACCCACUCACCUUCUUCCCUUCUUCCUAUGUUUCUCAUCUUCACCAUUUUACUUGCAACACUAAUUCAAGUAGCAGUUGCAGGGCGUGAGAUUCCAACCAAAGCCAAUGUAGCAGACAAGAAACAGCCUGAAUGGUUCAUCGACAGUGACGGAAAUGUGUUCAUUCCCGGUAUAGGAAGAGUGCAGGUACCAGCCCUAGCUGGUUUUCAUUCCUUCCCACCCUAUUCAGGUGGAGGAACUGGAGACAUUGGUGGGGGAGGAAAUAGUGGCACUGGGGGAGGAAAUAGUGGCACUGGGAGCACUGAAGGAGGGAGUCCCAGUACUCCCGGUUACGUUCCAGGUGGUGAUGACACCUUUGUUCCCAACCCAGGUGUGGAGGUCCCCACUGGGGGUGGUGGAGUUCCUACUCCUCAAGUCCCCAUUGGAGGUGGUGGAGUACCAACUCCUCAAGUCCCCAUUGGGGGUGGUGGAGUUCCAACUCCUCAAACAGCUCGCCCAUGAGUUCCCACUUCUACUUUUUUCUCUUGUUUAAUUGUCACUUGCUAGCUGUAAGGGUCUUGUUAUUGGCGUUGAGUUGUGUACUUUCCAUGGUAGCAGGUUGCAGGCAAGCUUUCUGUAUUGUAAUUUAGGGUGAUAAGUCAGCUAAAAUAAGAGGCUUUUUAGGAAGUCAGUUUCUGCAUGACUACUAAUAAUGUUAGGCACCUUGUUAACAAUGUAGUAGACUAGUAAUCGCUUUCAAUAAAGAGCCGGGGAUGUUUUUCUCUUCA